CAGACUUCAGCGUUUUUCUUCUUUAAGGAACUGAGUCCAGUUAGUCGAUGUCAACAGGCUGAGCGAGAAAACGAGCUGCUCAAACAACUUGGUACGUGGAACCCAGAGCCCAAACGUUACCGUACGUAAACAUUUGAACUCCUUUUGGAAGUUUGUUCGGUGUAUCCACAGGAAAAUGAAGUCCCCCACUCACGAAGGCCCCUGAGCACCAUGGACAUGUGAAACUUGACUCUGCAGUAGGCAGAUGUAAGCCCCAGGCUGGAUUGAAUGGCACUGAGGAUACAAGACUACGACUCAGUGGGAGUACUGAAAUGACCAGCCGGCAUCCCAGCCAUGCAGAGAGCACUCACUCCACAGAUAAACAGUCACCUGCCGUGGCCCCCAAGCUCCAUGUCCACCGAUCACUGUCAAAGGAGACCAUCACCAUCCACUUCUCAGCUCUUGGGAAGGAGGAAGAGGAGGAGGAAGAGGAGCUGUACACUACAACUGUCUCCACUACCUCACAUGACUCGAAUGUUGCGACAGCCUUAGAGGCAAGUGAGGAGGUGUUUGAAGGGGUGCCAGAGGACUCUGCUGAUGGAGUUGGUGUCAGCCCUGAAUCAUCCAGCCUUUCUCCCAUUUCUAAACAUCACACUAACAGUUCUCCCACAUGGACUCCGUCUUCAGACGUUUCUGAGCAAAAAGCUUCAAUUUCUAACUCCUCGCCAACAAAAUCUUUGAGCUUUCCUUCCAGCGACAAAUCUCUCCGAAGCAUGGUUAAAUCUCUCUCCUCUGAUGUUGAGUCUCGUGAUGGGGUUUCCUCUAUUACUACUCCGUCAGUGAGACACAGGCAUCUCAUGAAGACUCUCGUCAAAUCAUUAUCUUCAGAUACAUCCCAGGACUCAUCCUCCUCCUCCUCCUCCUCCUCCUCCACACUCUACCGUCUUCCAGAGUCGCGCCUCAACCUGCAACUCUUUAAGCAAUUCACACAGUCUCGGAUACCGUCUGCUGCCGUGUCAUCAGUUAGCGAUUCUAAAACUGCCCCCUCCUCGCCGUUAACCUCACCAGAUAACCGCAGCUUCUUCAAAGUCUCAGAAGUCGAGGCGCGAAUCGAAGACACCAAGCGCCGUCUCUCUGAAGUCAUUUCUGAGCCGCUGCAGCUGCUGAGUAAAAUCAUGGAUGAAAAAAGUGGCAGUUUAGUUAGCAGCAGCAUUUACCGGCCCAAGGCGCUCUCUGCCAGUGCCACAGAACUCUCAAACAUUGCUCCCGUUAAUGGUCACCUGGAGAGCAACAACAAUUACUGCAUCAAGGAGGAAGAAGGAGGCGACUGGGAGGCUGAAGGUCCCAACAGCGGAGUGUGUGGUACAGCUGAAUCACCUGUUAACCCCUCUGUCGACACAAAGAGCCCCGUCAAAUCAUCUUCGCUUUCCAUGUCUGCUCUUGCAAAACAGGAGGAUGAGGACUUUUGUAUCCUGUACAGCGAGGACUUUGAUACUUGUACUGAUGCUGAUGGUGAUGGUGCUGACAGAACUGACAAUACUGGAAGUGGUAGCCAAACUAAAGUGCCACUAAGUGGUAGUACUGAACCAUGCAGUGAGGAUGAAUCUGAAAGUAGUGGACCGGCGCCAAGUGUUCCACACUAUACUCUCAGCGUCCUUACUGUUUUGGUCUAUGGGUAUUUUGUAUUACCUCUGCCAAGUUAUAUUGGAGGAUUGCUGCUCGGAAUUGGGCUGGGAUUCCUUUUAGCCAUUGGUGUUGUGUGGCUAACGGGACCAAAACCUUCUGGAGGUGACUUUAGACAUUCCAGACACCGCGAGGAGAUGUGGAAUCUGACCAAGUUGGACAUCAAGGAACCAGAAAUUUAUAAGGGCUGGAUGAAUGAAAUAUUAAACUAUGACCCAGAGACAUACCACGCCACACUGACAUACUCUGUGUAUGUCCGGUUGGAGGGCUCCAUCAUUCGUCUGUCUAAACCCAACCACAACAUUGCUCGCCGUGCCACACAUAAUGAAACAAAACCUGAAGUUACUUACAUCAGUCAGAAGAUCUAUGACCUCACCAACUGCAAGGUGUACCUGGUGCCUCAGAGCCUGGCAAGGAAGCGAAUAUGGAACAAAAAAUACCCCAUCUGCAUUGAACUUAGCAAACAAGAUGACUUCAUGUCAAAGGCAGAGGGUGACAGGUGGGAGGCCAGUGAAGGCAUGAGCACAAGGGACAGAGGAGAAGGGAUGGGAGGAAUCCAGGAACGAGGAUUUUCAUCCUCCUCCAGAGACCUGACCCUCUACCUGUUUGGAAGAACUGGGAGGGAGAAGGAGGAAUGGUUCCAGAGAUUUCUUUCAGCCUCUAAGCUCAAGGCAGACUUAAAGAAAAGUUCCUCUGUUUUGGGGAGUAAGAAGACCUCAAGUUCUCACAGUCGCAGCAGCAGCCGCAGCAGUCUGGAUGAGGCGUUGGCAUCUCAGCCCCGGCCGAAGGACUCUUCAGCCUCCUCCUCAAUGGCAACUAACGCCAAAACCAAGCCUCCGCUGGACUACAGUGUCUACAUGGGUUCCUUACUGCCAAAGCAGUUGGCAGUCAGCCCUACAGCUGCCAGCCCUGUUCUCCAGAGUCCACAGAGCAGCCCAGGGGCGGAUAAGAAGCUACCGAACACCACUUCAGCUCAGGUGAAGCCCAGGGGAGAGGAGGAGGAUACUGUUGCCUGGGUGAAUGCGGCUCUUGGUCGGGUCUUCUGGGACUUCCUGACCGAGCCCUACUGGGCUGAACUGGUCUCCAAGAAGAUUCAGAUGAAGCUCAGCAAGAUACGGUUGCCUUACUUCAUGAACGAACUGACCCUGACAGAACUGGACAUGGGCUCGGCCACUCCCAGAAUCCUUGGAGCUUCGAAACCGAGCAUUGAUUAUCGAGGUCUGUGGUUCGACCUGGAGGUCUCCUACAGUGGCUCCUUCCUGAUGACCCUGGAAACCAAGAUGAACCUCAUUCGUCUGGGCAAAGAGGGAGAAAACCUCCGCUUAGGGGAACUUGGCAAAGAUGGAUACAGGCCACGCACUUACUGUCUGGCUGACAGCGAUGAAGAGUCGUCCAGCGCCGGCUCAUCAGAUGAGGAAGACACCUCAGACUUCUCAAAUGAUUCUGCUGGAGCAGAAGGUUUGGUUGGAGGACAUAAACCGAGCAAGAUCAUGCGCUUUGUGGACAAGAUUACCAAGUCCAAAUACUUCCAGAAGGCCACAGAGACAGAGUUCAUCAAAAAGAAGAUGGAGGAAGUGUCCAACACACCCCUCCUGCUCACAGUGGAGGUGCAGCAGCUCCAAGGAACGCUGGCCGUCAACAUACCGCCUCCACCCACUGACAGGAUAUGGUAUGGCUUUAGGACACCGCCUCGCUUGGAACUGAAGGCCCGACCCAAACUGGGAGAAAGAGAAGUCACUUUGGCUCAUGUUACGGACUGGAUAGAGAAAAAACUGGAUCAGGAAUUCCAGAAAAUCCUGGUGAUGCCAAACAUGGAUGAUGUGUGGCUGACUAUUAUGCAUUCUGCCAUGGACCCUCGCACAGCGGGUGGACCUUUGGUCGGCCUCUCAGUGGACCCAGAGCCUUCGCAGCCAGAGAGGGACAGCACCAGCCAGCCAUGAAGAUUGUUUACAGUAUUUCCUACAGGUUAUGACGUCUCAAAAUGGGAACUGGAGCCAAAGUCGAUAGGUCUGGCGCUACUGUAACACAAACACAUUCCCGUAGUGAGUGGCUUUCUCACUUAAAGUAGAAGAGACCUUAGGAGUUUUACAGGAACAAGACAGAGUCGACACUAAAGACAAACUGUUGCUUGCUGCUCUGUUAAGUAGUAUUUAUCAUGACAGGGGAAAAGGCAAUUUGUCUUAUGUAAUGAUGAGAACCUAUUGAAUAGUGCUGAUAUGUGAAGGGAGUCAUGUUUGGCUCAUAAGUGGGGGUGGGUUAAGUUAAUAAGGAGGAAUUUAUUGGUAUAUAUUUUAUGUCCUAUGAACACAUUAAUGUGGAAGCAUUCACCAGAUACCUUACAGCCUGCAGAUGACAGGAGAUGGAGCAUUUAGUAUAGAGAUGCAGCAAAUGGAGUUAAAGUGUGAUUGUAUGUUGAAAUUAGAGGUGCUUUCUAGUGAAUGAUUGGUGUGUGAAGGAACGUCGUUGUUUGCUUUGUUGACAACUAACUGUAAGCAGGUGACAGCAUACUUUGGAGAAGCUCAGAUACUUGAUGUUAUAUUUCUUUACCAUAAAACAUUAAACCUUUAAGUUGCUUUAUGCAAUUGUUUUUUUUUUAAAUCAGGUGUUAGCUAACAGUAUUCAUUUGUGCUGUGACCAGAUCUUCAAUUGCCAAACUCCCUUUUUUUUCUUCAAAUGCCACCGAUGCCGUUAUUCAUGUCUGUAUGGAAAUAAUGCUCAAGAGCAAACGUACACAAUGUAGGAGCAGUGACAAAUACACAAACACAAUAAGUGCAAUGAUAGAAAUGCUAAAUAGGCUUCAGUAUGAUAUAUAUACACAUAUACAUACAUAAAAGUGUAUGUCUGAUGAGAAGUACGAGGCCUCUAACACAUCUGUUGAAUGUAUGUUUGGGUAUUUUUGGUUUCAGUUAAUGUAUAAAAACAGUUUUUACCCAGAAUAACUGGGGUAUGCAAAUUAUUGCACAAAUACAGGUGAAAGUUUUCUUUUUGCUUUCUUAUGAUAAACACUAUCACAUGUUGCAUAUCAUUUUCCAGAUGCAUUAUCAGAAUAUUUAUGGACUAGUGGGUGGUGCAUUUAUCGAUGCAUCACUUACGGCGAUAAUGUUACUGAUGAUGUUGGAAUUGAAAUGACCAAUUUUGAUGAAUAACAGUGCUUUAAAAAGACUCUACCCACCAUAUUGUAUGUAGAAAGACAUUUCAAUGUAACACUUGAGCAAAGUUAAGGUAAAUAUGAUAUCAUAAAGCAUCUAUUGUCAAGAAUGUUGCAGCCUUAUCUACAUGUUCCCUCUCUGAAAUUGCAUUUGUAUCCAUUAUUUCUAAUCUUAACCAAAGUCCUUUGAUUAGGUCUUUAGUGCUGGAUCGCUCCCUCUGCUUAAAGGUACACAUUGAUCAAGCAUUAGAGGUAAUAUUUACGAAUGUGCUAAAAUACUUGCAUUAAUGUUGUUUACAGAAGUUCUCGCCUUGUUUUCAUUUCUUGCUCUCUUUGGAUACUAAAGCGCUGUAACACGAAAUGGAUCUUUGUUCUGUUUGAUUGUCUUUUCUUUUCCGCCUUGGUUCCCUUUUAUUAAGUAUUUUUGAAUGACUACAUUAAGUGGGUUGUGAUCUCAGUUUUUUGUCUACUUCUUUGAUAUAAACUGAAUGAAAUAAGAAUUUUGAGGAUAUAUGAAGAUCAUGAUUUGUAUCUGUGAAUUAUUAAUGAUUUUUUAAAAUUUACAUGUAAUUUUGAGGCCAAAUUCAGUGAUUACGUGUAUCUGCCUUAUUUAUAGAGCAAAAUAAAUCUGUCAGUUAAAGCC